CUUGUACUACAUACCACAGUCCCUCGCAAGCUCGGUCCAAGAGUUCUCCAGCAUCCCCACCUCUUCAUGCCAUUUUGAACGGCUUCUGGACCUGAUAAUUUGACACGACUCUGAACGACGCUGAACGAGCGCACGAUGUCCGACUUGUCUGCCCUUUUGACCGCGUCGAAGGCUCUCACUUCGCAUCUCGCGCGGCCAGACCUCCCGUCUGUGCACCUUUCUUUGGAUCAGAUUGAGGCACAGUCACGUCGUCUUGUGUCUCGUCAGCCCGGGACAUCAACAGAUAAUGACCGCGCGAACUAUCUCCUUGCUCAGGCACGCGUCGAUGCACCCGGCCUUGCCAGCUCUAUAGCACACCUCAAUACGACAACAACCUUCACCCCGCUUCAGGCUCUUCAAGACACGGAUGUGGCCGGCUACCUCCGCCACGCGCACGAGCAGAACCUGAUCUCUACGAUUGAGGAGGGACGGAAGGAGACGCAGGAAGAGUUCUACCGUGUACUGGAGGAGCGGCAGCAGCGCGACUGGGAAGUGCGGAAGAAGCGGGUGUUCGAGCAGCUGGGUGGCCGUGUUGGCGGGGAGAACAUGGCAGUGGCGGAACUGAAGAAGAGCAUGCACGGGAAGAGUUUGCUGUCGGCGAGCGUCGGCCCCGCCCCAAGUUUGCAGAUGCAGAACAAGAUGAUGGCCUAUGACCGCGCUGUAUCUGAGCUCAAUAACGCGAGGUUACGCGGAACGUCCUAUCCCAUCGUACACGCUCUCUGUGCAGCCUCCAACGCUGUAAACAACGACCCCCGCUCCUUCCAGCUCACCCAAAACUUCCACGUACUCACCAAAAUUACCGCGGAGCCCCCCGCACUCCCGCCUCUCGAGCACGCCGGCGCGCAUAUACUCAACGCUCCCCUCUUCGAACGCAAGUAUGCGCGGGUAUACGUCGGUGACCCCGAAUCCCGUGAAGCUGUUGAAUUGCGCAAGCAGAUUGCGCGAGGCGCAAGGGAGGCGCUCGAGGAGCAGUAUUGGGAUGUCUUGGACAGGACGCUGCAGGCUCGGCCUAUUGAGGCGAGGCUGGGUGGUGAUCCAAGCCUCUCGAAUAAGGUUCGGGCGUUCGUGCUUGUCCGGCAUUACAGGAACGGCGAAUGGGAAGACCGCGUCGAGUUAAUCGCAGGCCAGCCAUUGUGGGCGAAACUGUUCUAUCUCGUGCGUACCGGAAACCCACAAGAUGCCCUGGUAGAAGCUCUGCGGUACCAACAAGCGAUCGAGCACCGUGAAGCGGGCUUCAUCAGCCACUUCAGGGCAUGGCUUGAUUCGCCCGAGCGAAAGCUGCCGAAGCCUCACCGAGACCAGGUACAUGCGGCCUUCAACGCGCACAUGCUGCAUUCGUCCACAGCGGACCCGUUCAAGCUCGCGCUCUACAAGCUGAUGGGCAAGAUUGACCCUGCGCGACGAAGCGUGCAGAACGUCACCGUCACGACGGAGGACUGGCUCUGGUUCCAGCUCUGCAUGGUCGACGAAGAGGAACAUGGCGGGCUGCGCGGUCUCGCGGAGGUACUCCUGAGCUAUGGCGAACGUCAUUUUGACGGUGUCCCUGGCCAGAAAGGUGCCAGGCGAGGAGUGUGGGCUGGCGUGUUGCUCAUGUGCGGUCAGUUCGAGAGGGCUGUCGCUGCAUUAUGGGAUCAUCAAGAGACUGAAGUGGAAGCUGUCCACCUCGCUAUUGCUCUGGCGUACCACGGGCUUUUGCGCGUUCCUUCUCGGGCUGAGACGUCUGAUAUGACUCCUCUAUCACUCUCCCCAACGUCACCGCCGGCCUUGAGCUUGUCAACUCUCAUCUGGCGCUAUGUCCGUACCUUCGUCAAGAUGGACGCAAGGGAAGCGCUGCAGUACGUCUACUGCGCCACCCUCAGUGCGGACCAGGGCGGUGGAGUUGGCAAGGAGCAACUCGAAGCUGCAUGGGAGCUCGUCCGCCGUAUCAUUGUCCUCGCGAACACCGGUGCUGCUUGGGAAGAGCUCGUCGGAGGGUUCCGGCCUGACGGCACACGUUUCAGCGGGCUCAUUGAGCAAGGUGCAUCCCUCCUCAAGCUCGAUAAUAGCCAAGAUUACAACGAUCAGAUCCUCCUGCGCGCCGCCCAGCACUCGGAGGAGAACGACCGCGCGCCCGAGGCGAUCAAGCUCUACAACCUCGCGGGCGACUACACGACCGUCAUCGCGUGCCUCGCGCAGGCCCUGGGCAACACCAUCGCCCAGCCGAGCGGCGACGAGAAGGCGCGCACGAUCGAACGGACCGCGGCUGAUAUCCUGAGGCAUUAUGAGCGCACGAACAGGGCGGUGGGCAAGGAGAGGGAUGCGGUUAUCCGGUUGCUGAGGGUGAGGGAGGCGAUGGAGGCGAAGGAGAGCGGGAGAGUCGAGCUUGCGCUCGAGAUGAUGGAGUCGACGGACCUCAUACCUAUGGACGGGGACGUCGCGAAGAUCCAGCGGCGCGCAGAAGAGUUCCGCGACCUCCCAGAGGCACUCCAACGGAACCUGCAGACCUUCCUUACGCUCACCAUGGAUACACUAGCCAGCGUCCACCAAAAGGUCAAGGCGUCGCUCAUGGCCGAGGCGACUCGCCAGGUGACCUAUGCAGCGCUACGGAAGAAGUCGAGGUCGCUGAUGAUAUUUGCGGGCACGCUGAAGUAUCGGCUGUCCCCCGACGUGUAUUCGUAUCUCGCGCGGUUGGAUGUCGAGAUUGCGCUCUGACCUCGAGUGUCUCUGUAAUGUUUCUUGUUUUCCACAAUUGUAUCUUCUACAUGGUCUAGGCUUACAUAGGUGUAUUCAGUCCAUGAAUGAAGGUAAUUCGAGGUAGUUCGAGGGAAUAGUCCGAUUACAGUGAGACGCGUUCAUUCACGAACCUCCGUCUCCGCUAUGAUACGACGCAUGGCGUCACGAACGCAAUCCGCGUCGAACUGUGGGACGCCGGACUUUUCGUCCAGUGUGCCCUUGGCCUGAACACACUCGACUCCCAAUGCCUGUGCAUGUAAUGUCGUAUCAAAAAUAACAAAUACACGAGUCCAACACGUACGGUGAUUAGU